UGUAAACAGAGCCUGAAGUCAGUAAUGACAAUGACUGACCGUCUUAAGACAGUGUUCGGUCAUCUUCAGUCAGAAACACACGUUCACACACAGAGAUCAUCUGCCUCCAGUUUGGUUCAUACGGGUUCUCCCAGGUUUCGCUACACCAGGCCAGGAGGUUUUCUUACGGAGUCUCAAAGACAGUUCUAUGAAGACAAUGGUUUUCUGGUCAUCAAACGUCUUGUGCCCCAUCAAAAGCUUGAUAUGUACAGAGAUCGCUUUGAGAAGAUCUGCCGUAAGGAGGUGACAGUACCAGGAUUAAGCAUUAUGAGGGACGUCGCCAUUUCGAACUCUGAAUUCGUAGCUGGAGAGAAAGCCAUCACAAAAAUACAAGACUUCCAUAAUGACAGAGUUCUAUUUGACUAUUGUGCUAUUCCAGAGGUAGUGGAUUAUGUGAAGGCAAUCAUAGGGGAUGAAGUCAAUGCAAUCCACACGAUGCUUAUUAACAAACCACCAGAUCCAGGCAAGAAAACGUCCCGUCAUCCCUUGCAUCAGGAUCUCCACUACUUUCCCUUUAGACCAGCAGACAAAAUAUGUUGUUCAUGGACCGCCAUGGAAGUCGUGAACCGUGAAAAUGGCUGUCUCGUAGUUCUUCCGGGGUCACAUAAAGGCGGGAAACUUCUUCAACAUGAGUAUCCUCAAUGGGAGGGAGGUGUGCAUAUUUUGUAUCAUGGCGUGCGAGACUUCGACCCCACCCAUCCUCGUUCCCAUCUCCUUAUGGACCCCGGGGACACGGUCUUCUUUCAUCCACUGCUGAUCCACGGAUCUGGAAUGAACAGAACAAAAGGAUUCAGAAAAUCCAUAUCUUGCCACUAUGCGUCCUCUGAUUGCGAAUACAUCAAUGUUCGCGGAUCAGAGCAAGAGAAGAUGGCAGAUGAAAUUGUUAACAUGGUGCUGAAGAAACACAAAAUAAUCGACCGAUCCAAAAUUACCUUUGAGGACAUCUGGCGAUACAAGUUGAAGCCCGUAAGGGGUACUAAGGACUAAUUUUCUCAGCAGGAAAAGUUAUCAAAAAUAUUGCUGUAACUGAGAAUAGAUUUCUGACAAUCUUUCUGAAUAUUAUUUUAUACGCCAAGUGACGAUAUCUAUAUUACUCAAAUAAAUGUGAAAGAAAUUAUAUAUUAGACAGUUACGUUGAUUAUGUAUGUUUCGAUUACAUGUGCAAUGUAUAUUAUUUU